AUGAGUCUUGGAUACGCUGAGAAGCUCUCGUUCAGAGAAGAUUUAGGUGGACAGUUGGGCGCCCCAGAAUUGCUUGACGACCAUGAUGCAUUGCAGAAGAGCAUAGAGGCCCUUUCUGAACUGGUGCGUGAGAGUGACAAUAUCAUAGUUUUCACUGGAGCUGGCAUCUCCACGGCGUGCGGAAUACCAGACUUCAGGGGUCCUCAGGGCGUGUGGACCCUGCAGCGUGCAGGCAAACCCCUACCAAAACCAAAAAGCAGUUUCACUGUUGCGCGUCCGUCUUUGACACACAUGGCUAUCGUUGGGCUGAUGCAAAGGGGGAAAGUGCGCUAUGUGGUCAGCCAGAAUGUGGACGGGCUGCACUUGCGAUCUGGGGUACCCCGGUCUAAGAUAGCCGAACUGCAUGGAAACUGCUUCGCUGAGCGGUGCCCUCGAUGCAAAAAGGAGUACAUCCGUGACUUUGAGAUUGAGACGGUCGGAUUCAGGCAAACAGGGAGGACAUGCAGCGUUGAGGGCUGCAAGGGCAAGCUAAAAGAUCACAUCCUUGAUUGGGAGGAUGCUUUGCCAGAGGACGAACUGACAGCAUCAGAGGACGCUGUCAGCGCAGCUGACCUUGCCAUCUGCCUGGGGACCAGUCUGCAGAUCACACCUGCUUGCAAUCUUCCCCUGCGGACUCCCAAAGCAGGGGGCAAAUUGGUGAUCAUCAACCUCCAGGCAACGCCAAAGGACAAGAAAGCAUCCCUGGUCAUACAUGGUAGAGCAGACGAGGUCAUGCGCAGGGUGAUGGCCAAUUUAGCUUUCCCCAUCCCUUCCUAUGUCAGGGAAGACUCUGUCACCAUUGGUCAUGUGCAAGAGCAGCCCAUGGGCAGCGGCAAGGGCCACCCCUUCAACGUGCGGAUCAGCAGUGUCCACGGCGAGAAUUGUGCAAUGCCCCUCGUGCAGACGAUCGACAUAUCAUUCCCGGACCAUCCCAGCUUGCGGCCUGCCACAUUGCGCUCAGCGCCGUUUCAGCUCAGGCGCACAGUCGCGCAGCCAGGAUCUUACCCUGUCAGCAUCCAGCUGCACCUGGUAGAGGGCCUUGACGAGCCCACUGUGACCCUGCAGUACGUUGCACACAUACUGUCCCAGGAGAGCUUCAACGACCAGCUUGUCAUUGACACCACCAGCACCCAGCGCAAGCGCAAAAGGCAGGCAGUGGGGCACAGCAUCACUGCCAGCUUUGUGACUCAGGAAGUGGACUUUCACAGCAGCAGCAGCAGCGCAGACGAGACACAUGAGAACGGGGCUUGA